AUGUCGACUUCCGCCGAUAUCCCCAGCAAGACCCGGCUGUCGCAUCAACCAUCAAAGAUACGCGCCGUUCUUUCGCUACCACCGCAAUGGCUUCAUAUGUACGAAGAGUUCAUUACCAAGAACUCUAGUCAGGUUUCUCAAAUAGAGUCGGCUUUAAGGUCUCUCACCUACAUCAUCCCUGGUCGAUUCCGCGAUGCCGAAAUUGCCUCCGAAACCGUGCAUUCGAGUGUACAGCUCCUUUCUCUAUAUCAUGAUACCCUUCUCAUGCGCGCCUUAUCGCGCAUACCGAUGGCGCGAUUGCCAUCUCCUCACGCCCGAUAUACCAAAUACUGGACCCAGCGGAGUCCCAUGUACCGACGCAUCGCCAUGUUACUGCAGAUGGUCACAUACACACAGCUCUUGUGCGAGAUGGCUGCCAAGAGGCGCGGCGGCGAGCGCAGUCGAUGGCGCGUCGUCGUGCUUCUAGAAGCUAUUAAGGCCAUCUGCCGCCUAUUGCUAUUGCGCGUGACGCGCUCUCGUCCUCUUGUGUCGCCCGUUCUUCCAGAACGGGAGCCUAUCCCCGAAGAUACCGAAGCCGAAAGUGACGGCGCUUUGAAGGAGAUGCUGGACGAGCCGACCAAUGGGCACGCGCCGGAAGAUAGUGAGGAGGCGCAGAAACCUCAUGAGAGAGACUGGGUUAUGCCCAGGACUGGCAUGAGCCUUCCCUCGCUGCCCAACGCUGGUGAUAUCAGUGGCUAUCUCCUGGGCAAGGUGUUGACAGCGGAGGAUAUCAAACCAGCUGCGAAGUUGCUGAACCAGUUACAGGGUAGCGCACAGGCCGCAGAGGUACUGCACAUCCUCGCGCCGUUGGUGUAUGCCGUCGCGUUGUCGAAGAGCAAGAAUAAGAAGUCAUGGACACCGUGGCUUGUCGGCCUGAGCGUCGAAUACGCAGCGCGGCAACUCAGAGACCGGGGCUUCAGAACAACGCCACUCGAACGCGAUGAAUGGAGCAAGAGAGGCUGGGCCAUGGGUUGGUGGACUAUGCGCGGAGCAUUCUACGAAAACGUCAUGAAGGGUGUUGUUGGCGGCGUACGAUCCAGAGUACCCAACCUUGUCGGUGGCAUUCUGGAGGACUACGAGUAUCUGUGGGAGAACUACUACUUUAGCACGAGUGCUUGA